UUCAUAUCGUAUAAUCCAUCACUACCCCUCUUAUAUACCACCCCAACCCCACCCCCUCCAGCACCCCACCACCUCAGUGACGUCACACCCGCAUACCACAACCAUGAACCUCCAUCUCCAUCUCCAACUCCAACUCCUCCAACUCCCCUCCCUACAACCACAACCACAACCACAACCACCUUCAUCUCAAAUCUCACCACACUGACCACCAGCUCCUAACCCCUCUCAAUCAACCCAUCCAUACAGCCAUACAACCAUUUUAAACCUCACUCAUACCACCACCACCAUAACCCACAACAAUGCUCGCCCCUCGAACCAUCCUCACGGCCAGCACCCUAGGCCUGGGCCUCGGCCUCGGCCUCACAACCCUCACCCUCACCCCCAAACUCAGAUCCCCCCUCCAAUGCCAAUACUCCGCCGGCCCCCCCGACCCAACCUGGACGGUGAACGGCUCGCCAACCUCCUCGGACCCGAUCCUUCGGAAACAAGGCACCCGCACCAGCACCACCAGCUCCGGGCUCCUCACAGCCUCCAACAUGCAGCAGAUAAGUCUGGGAAGCGUAUUAGGCUUGGUGGUUGGUGUUGGGCUGAGGGCUUUUUCGAGAACGUUGGUCGUUUUGCUGGGCUUGGGGAUUGUGGUUGUUGAGUGGGCCGCAUCAAAAGGGUAUAACCUGCUUCCGCUGGACAAGGUCCAGAAGUACGUGAAGGGGGUGGAUGUGCAGAAGGCCGUGUCGCAUCGGGUUCCAUUUAAGAUCAGUUUCGGGGUGACGAUGGGGUUGGCUGCGUUUGCGCAGUUCUAGAUAUAGUAUAUACGCAUACGCAUACGCAUACGCAUACGCACAAUCUGGUUGUCGUAUGUUGUGUUGUGUGGGCUGUAAUAUUUGCUGGAGAUGCUGAAAUGGGUGGGUGUAGGUCUGGGU